AUGGCGAUGAAGCACCUCCUAACAACCAUAGCUCGACGUCGGCCGCACAGACCCCCGGCCGCUCUCACCGUAGCCGUACGAUCCUCAUCAACCUCACCCGCCGUCGCUGAGUCACCUUCGGCCCCAUCCUUACCCUCGCCUCCUCCACCAUCCGCUAUGAUCUACGACCGCUUGGCCGAGGACGUCAAAUCGAAGAUCAGGAGGCUCGAGAACCCGGACCCGAGGUUCCUUAAGUACGGGUCGCCCCACCCGAGUAUCGCGGACCAUACCCACAUCCUCACCGCACCCGAGACACGUGUCACCACACUCCCCAACGGCCUGCGAGUGGCCACCGAGUCGAACCUCGCGGCCCAGACGGCAACCGUCGGGGUCUGGAUCGAUGCUGGGUCGCGGUUCGAGAACGACGCGACCAACGGCACCGCUCAUUUCUUGGAGCACAUGAUCUUCAAAGGGACCGACCAGAGGACAGCGCGUCAGCUCGAGGAGGAAGUCGAGAACAUGGGAGGUCACUUGAAUGCGUACACAUCGAGGGAGCAGACCACCUACUAUGCCAAGGUGCUGCAGUCGGAUGUGCCCAAGGCGCUCUCUAUUUUGGCUGAUAUCUUGCAGAACUCCAAGUUUGAUGAUAACCGGAUUCUUCGCGAGCGCGACGUGAUUUUGAGGGAAAUGGAGGAGGUCGAGAAACAACCCGAUGAAGUUAUUUUUGACCAUCUGCAUGCAACUGCAUUCCAAUACUCUCCUCUAGCCAGAACUAUUCUUGGACCUGCUAACAAUAUUAAGACUAUCUCCAAAGAACAUCUUCAAAGCUAUAUCAAAACUCACUAUACAGCACCCAGAAUGGUUAUUGCUGCUUCAGGAGCUGUUAGGCAUGAAGAUAUUGUUGAGACAGUUAAAGGUUUGUUUACAAAAUUGUCAGGAGAUCCAACCACGGCUAGUCAGUUGGUUGCAAAAGAACCUUCCUUUUUUACCGGUUCUGAGGUCAGAAUGUUUGAUAGUGACUUGCCUUUGGCACAUUUUGCGGUUGCAUUCAAUGGAGCAUCUUGGACAGAUCCAGACUCUAUUCCUCUAAUGGUCAUGCAGGCUAUGUUAGGUUCAUGGAAUAAAAAUGCUGGUGGUGGAAAGCACAUGGGUUCAGAGCUGGCACAACGGGUUGCCAUAAAUGACAUAGCAGAAAGCUAUAUGGCUUUCAACACCAACUAUAAGGAUACUGGCUUAUUUGGUGUUUUUGCUACUGCUAAGCCGGAUUGCUUAGAUGAUUUGGCCUAUUCAAUAAUGUAUGAAAUAACCAAAUUAGUUUAUCGAGUUUCAGAAGCUGACGUGAUCCGUGCUCGUAAUCAGUUGAAAUCUUCCCUGCUCCUUCACUUGGAUGGAACAAGUGCCGUAGCUGAAGAUAUUGGGCGCCAGCUACUUACAUAUGGUCGAAGAAUCCCAUUAGCCGAAUUGUUUGCUAGAAUUGAUGCUGUUAAUGCAAGCACCAUCAAACGUGUUGCAAACCGAUUUAUCUAUGACAGGGAUAUUGCAAUUGCUUCCAUGGGUCCUGUCAGGGAGUUGCCUGACUACAACUGGUUCAGACGCCGGACCUACUGGAACAGAUAUUAG